CGAAAAUCUAUUUUCACUGCGCGGUUUAUUAUUAUGGAAUCUGCCUUCUCCGAGAGAAGAACAGGAGUGAUUGUCACGUCUUGUUGGCCAUGAUCUCGGAGACGGCACACGCCGAAUGCGUGCGGUUACUGGAGCUGCUGACGAACCCUCGUGUGCAGGAGAGCUGGUCAUGGGUGUUCAUGACGCCCGUGAACAUCCCUGGCUACGACCAGGUGAUUAAGAAACCCAUGGACUUGGGAACGAUCAAGAAGAACCUUGGCAGCAAACCCUCACGCUGUCGCUUCAAGUCGCAUGAAAAAUUUGCUAGAGACGUACGUCUAGUCUUUCAGAAUGCGCUUGUAUACAAUAAGGACGACCAGGACGUCAAGGGAUCCGUGUACGCGGCAGCUCAGCAUCUACUGCGGGUUUUCGAGACGGCAUACGCUAAAGCUGUCGAUAACGUCUUCAGAGCGGAUGACGCGGCUGUGGCAGCAGCCAAAGCGGCGCAUCGAGAGGCGAAAGAGGAGAAACGGAGGACUGAGGGCGGUGACGUCGCAAGGCAGGACGGGGAAGGCGCACUGGGCGCGUCUUCCUCAUCUUCGCACCGCCACCACAGCAGUAGCCACCACAGCAGCAGUAGCAGCCAUCACCGCCAUCGAGAUGACGGAGAGGAAGGCAGUAAAUACAAGCACAAACACAGCAAGAAGGAGAAAAAGUCCAAGAAAUCCAAGAAGAAGAACAAGGACCGAGAUAAAGACAGAGAACACAGACAUUCGAGCUCCAGCAGUGGCGACAGCAAGAAGAAAUCUCACCGCAGUGAGCAGGAAAGUGCAGCUGCUUCGUCUUCAAGUGCAGCAACAAAGGAUGUAGUGUCUGCAGCUCCCAGUAGUGGCGUCGCGCCGCCAGCGCCGAGUGUUUCAGUUGCUCCUCCGAGCAGCAACUUAGUGGUGAAGCGAGAACUGACUCCGACUCACUCUUCUGGAGCUAAAAUGUCGGAUUCGCAGGUGACGGCGUGUCUCUCGUUGUUGAUGAAGUUGAUCAAGUAUAAGGAAGGGAACAUUAGUCCCGCAGCGCCGUUCCUACAGCCAGUGGACUUGACCCACUUCCCAGACUAUCGCAUCAAAGUCCCAAAUCGUAUGCAUCUGUAUGGCGUCCAGAAGAAGCUCCGUAGUGGGAGCUACGCCACGAUUGAUGCGUUCGCGUACGACAUGCGUCUCAUUUUCUCCAAUUGUUUGGUGUACAACAGUGACGUGAUCCUGAGCAAAGUCAUGCGGAACCAUGCAGUCACCCUCAUGAAGCUGUUUGAGAGUCAGUUCGGCAAGAUCGGAGGCUCAUGGCCUGGUGUUCCGGAGCGGUGGAAAUGUCAUCAGAUUAUUAACGAGAUCCUUGCUCAUCGAACGGACGGACAGGAAACAGCGCAGUGGUUCAAGUACCCGAUCGAGUCGUACUACGAUUCUCCCGACCAAAUCCCGUACAACUACUACAAAACAGUCAAGAAUCCCAUGGAUAUUGGCACGGUAUCGUCCAAGCUGCACUUGGGCGAGUACAAGCACGUAUCGGAAUUCAUCGCGGGUUUGAAGCUUGUGUUCGACAAUUGCAUUCGUUAUUGGAAGCCGGAUCCUCAAGGACAGACGUACUGUGAAUCUGCAGAGACGCUUCUCCGUGUUUUACACACUCAGAGCGCUAUCUUCGGUUCUUCCGUGAGCAGCAGUGGGGCGUCUAGAGAAAAGCAAUGCCCCUCUCCAUCCUCCUCGUCUUCGAAGGUCAAAUCUGCCUCCACUAGUUCACAUUUUUCCUCCUCGUUACCAUCAUCAGUGCCUACGGUUAGUAUCCCUGCAAGCGAGCAUGAAAAGAUCAAGAAGAAAUCGUCUUCCAAGUCUUCAAAGUCUUCGAAAUCGUCAAAAUCUCGCGAGACUGGCGCUGGAAUGCCUGAUAAGGACAUUUGUCUGGGGAUCAUGAAGCUGUUGCGUGCACACAAGAUGAAGGGAUUCCGUGGGAUCGAAAUCAAGACGGCCGGACCUUUUUUGACUGCUGUGGAUACGACAAAGUACCCGGAUUAUCUAACAAUUGUAUCGGAGCCGAUGGAUUUCGCCAAAAUCGAGCGUAAACUGAAAAGCGACCGGUACGGCAGUGUCGACGAGUUCAGCGCUGACGUGCAUUUGAUCUUUUCCAACUGCCACAAGUACAAUAGUGAUCCAGUGGAAGGUGCUGACAUUCGAGCGAUGGCCACGAAUCUGCGCAACUAUUUUGUGGAGCUUUGCAAUGAGAAGCUAGGCCCGCUUGACGGCAUGGUGAAUGGUCCCUCGCACACGCCAACAAAUUCGGCGCAGGCUGCAUCCCUUCCAUCCGCUCUAGUAUCAACACAGUCAAAACCAGCAGUACCUUUAAGACCUGAACCCAAAGUACAUACUGCAGUCACUGGGACAGGGUCCUCUUCUCUUCACAAGCCCCUGAAGAAAUCUCCUGCUCCCUCUCCGACCAAGAGAACUUUAGCGGCUUCUUCCGCUACUUCCAGUAGUGCUACCCUCGCUCGUGACCCCAAGAAGAACAUUAAGGCACUCAAGCCAGAGGCCGCAGUCGUCAUAACAGCAUCAGCUAUUUCGACGAAGUCUAUUGCUCCAGUGAAGGCAGCAUCUGCUCCAAUGUCUGCGGUCUCUUCAUCGGUUCCGAGUAAAGAGCUGCCUCCUGACGGUGCUAACCUAGCGGGGCUCACUCCUGAGGAGGCCAAGCGGCUACGCAAGGAGAUGAAAGAGAAGCGGAAAAAGGAGAAGAAGGAAAAGAAAGAGAAGAAGAAGAAAGAUAAGGAGAAAAAGCGCGAAAAAAAGGAAAAGAAGGAGCGAAGCAAGCUUGCCGCUACCCAGGAGAUUGGAUCAGUUGCUCAAGGAAGUUCUACUGCUCCCGCGUCUUUCACCUCUACAUCUGCACAGUAUGCACUUCCUCCUGCCCCGGUUACUUCAGCUCCUACUCCUGCAAAGGCGCUGCCUGGAACUACAUCGGCUGUGGUCGCUUCGAAGAGAGGUUUAGUGGAACCUCACCUUGCUUCCAGUUCGGCGGCAUCUAGCAAGAAGAGCAAGAAGCACAAGAAAUCAGACCUGAAUUCGUGGGAGUCUGCGUGUGAUCGCGUUCUAAACCGUCUGACCAAGAUUGAGCAAGUGACGAAGCUUCACUUUAACCACCCGCUGUUGGAGGUGUUUCCCCACCUUACUGCGGAGUACACGAGUCUGAUCACAGAGCCCAUGGACCUGCGUACACUACGCGAACAGCUUCAUGGGCACGCCCUGACUCCAGCGGAGUUCCUGCGUAAAGGCCGUCUCAUAUUCCAGAAUGCUGUCAAGUUCAAUUGCGCUGACGACCCUGCCUCCGUCCAGGUGCGCGACAUGUCUGCGCAUUUGAUGUGGUACUUCGAUUCGUUGUGCGCUGAGCUGCAGAUUGUCCCGACGUCGGAAGUUCCUGGAGAGCAGAGUCGAGUAAAGCGUGAUCAGUUGAGACGCGAGCGCGCGGAGUUUGUGAACACAGUUCCAGUUGAGCUCAAAGCCAAGGAGUGUCAGAAGCUGCUUCGAGUACUUAACAGCCAGAAGCACGACAAGAACUGCUGGCCGUUCCGUAAACCUGUGCGUGUGCUGUUCCCCGCAUUGUCGGCGGAUUACUUCGACAUUAUCAAGACACCGAUGGAUUUGUCAACGAUCGCAGAGAAGCUGAACGAGUUCGAGUACAAGAUGCACGGCGAGUUCAUUCGAGAUGUGCGGUUGACAUUCGAGAAUGCCAUGAUCUACAAUCGAGCAGACAAGGACCGCGAGGGAUGGAGCGUGUACUCUGCUGCAGUGCACAUGUUGAGUGUCGUGGAGGAUCUGUGGGGAGACGUGACGCUGGAGGUGAUGGAGAAGACGCGUCGCCGCGAAUUAGUGCGAAAGGAGCGUAUGAACGAGUCCAAGCGCAAACGGAGCGACACCUCGGAGAUCGGUGGUGAACGCGACAAGAAGGUGCACAAGCAUCACCACCACUCUACACCCGAUACCGAGUCUGGACACAAACACCACCAGAAGCACCAUCACAAAAGCAGCAAGCACCGAGCAGAGGACGCUGGAAGUGCUACUGGCAGUACAGCAAGUGCAGCGACGCCCAGCAAGCCUGUCGUCACGGCGACUUCUGUCGUUGGAACGAUCGUUGUGGGUGGUGCAAAUGGCUCACGUGAGGAUGCUAAUGCCAGCGAUGCGACUGCAACUCGGGUGAAGUUGCAACUCAUGCCAAGUAGACCGAACAUGGAGCGCAUGAACAAGCAGGAACGCAAGGCUGAAGAAAAGCGGCGAAAGCGCGCUCGACGCGAAGAGGAAAUGGCGCGUACGGAGAAGAGACGUCGCACUGCUGUGGCAGCGACGGAUGAUGCUCUGCGCGAAGCUGAGAUUCGAAGCAGGCGGAAGCUCCAGAAGUUGGAGAUGGCCGAAGCAGUGCGUCUGCGUGAGGAGCGCGAGCGUCGUGCUGCGGAGGAGGAGGCUGAACGUGCACGUAGGGCGCAGAUGAAGCUGAACGUUGCUGCGUGGACUGGUGUGCUGCUACCAGUUGCACCCAGGAAACAAACAGGCUUCUGGACAAAGAAGCACACGAAGCUACAGAUCCCCGCCGUGUUCCAACCUCCGGCUAUUAACGCUUAAACCUUGGUCAGCAGAAGGAGUGAAGUACAAGAAACUAAAAUACUAAGGUGGUUGACCCUGGUUGCUCUCAUUGAUUCCAAGCUUGACUGUCAACACCUCGCAAGCGUCUCAGGUUCCCAUUCAGACAACAAGUCGGGGACAAAGAGUAAAUGAAAGAAAACUGUUUUACCACAAAACGAACCAUUACCGAGCUCUCAUCUGCAGUUAAAUGGCUUGUGGAACGCUCAUAUAGACGAAGAGACUGAAGAAUGCACACCGUUCAGGCUUGGGGCAUUGUCGUCUUUGUACGUAGUGAAGUGUAAAAUUGUAGUAGUUGUUUCUCCAAUUGGAACGAGAAGAGAAUGCUUCUUUACCAUCCCAGUCGGA